UGCUGAAAACAACCAACGUCGAGCCAACCUGGCGACCUUGCAGUCCUCAUCUUAGGCAGAUUAUUAUCUCGAUUAAUCCAAAAAGCCUGCACACAUUAUCUUCGAGUUCAGCUUCCUUUCCUAACAGACUCGCAAUCAGGUCAUUCACCAGAUUUUUCAUCUGCCUUUAAUAAGCCCCGUUCCAAGCUGGUGUGAGAUAAGCUGUGCGCCUAAUUACCUGCGACGCGUUCCCUCACCCAGAGCGCGUCACGAGCACACCAACCAGGUUACAACACCAACCUCUUCACAUCAAGAGCCUACAAACCUACCCCCCUCAACCUCAUCUCGAAUCACCAUACCUUCAUUAGAUCUGCUCUGGAGGGGAAAAAAGAAUAAAUAAAAUCCUCCUUCCAAAAACCAAGAAAAUAUACAAAAUGGCGCCGACCAUCCCUGAGCCAACCAACAGCAGUACCAAUACCACCCCAGCACCCAAGCGCCGCGGCCGCCCGCCCAAGGACCCGUCACAGCGGAAAACGCCCGUGGUGCCAACACCGUCGGGCCGCCCGCGCGGCAGGCCCCGCAAGGACGCCAGGGCUGCUGUUACUCCAUCUACUACUACUUCUACGCCGAAAAGGGCUGGUGCUGGUGCUGGUGCUCGUGUGACCAAGACGGCGGGGACAACGGUCACUGCCGGGGGCGGGGCUUUGCAUGCUUCCUCCGGCAACGGCAAUGGCAACGGGGAAGCGAGCGCGCCGGUGAUGAAGAGAGGCCGUGGGAGGCCGAGGAAGAAUCCCCUUCCCGUUCCCGUUCCCGUAGGUUCUGCUGCUGCUGCUUUGGGGGGGGCUGCGGUUGAGAAGAGUGCCGCUGCUGGGGAUGGGAAUGGGAAUGGGAAUGGUGAGGGAGUGCCGGUGGUAAUGAAGAGGGGCCGUGGGAGGCCGCCUAAGAACGCUGCUGCUGUUUCUUCUGCUGCUCCUCCUGCUGGUGUCAGUCGGGUUGCGGGUGCGGGUGCGCAGGGUGCGGGUACAGGUAUGGAUGCGACGCCAGCAAGGAAGAGGGGUCGACCGCCGGGUUCGGGGAAGAAGCAGAAGGCUGCUGCUGCUGCUGCUGCUGCUGCUGCCGCCGCUGCUCAGCGGCCUGCGAGUAUCACGGCUGGUGAGCGAGAUGGAGAUGGGCAAGAGGAAGAAGAAGAAGAGGAGGAGGAGGAGGAGGAGGAGGAGGAGGAGGAGGAGGAGCCCAUGCCGGUGGAGGAUAAUGCUGGGAGCAACGAGGAUGAGGAUUAUCAGGGCGCGGAUGACGGCGCGGAUGACAUGGAUGAGGAGGAUUGAGUGAGGCAUGAGGAAUAAAUCGAGGACUAUACAGUAGGUAUGCUGGCGGAAGGGAUAUGGAGUUUGGUCUUGAGGUUUCCUGGUCGUACUUGAAUGGUUUGAACCUUGAACUCUCGCAGGACAGGAUUUUGGAGUUCAUAUCUGUUGACGUUAUUGUACAAAACACCAUGUCUUCACACUCCUCGUCAAUGGUAUCGAUUGGUAAUUUUGCACUGACGACUACGGGUACUUGAUUUGUAUCACUAGUUAUUCUGUAGGCUGUUAAAGAUUCGGAUGGGAUCUGGCGCAAGGAAGCUCGAGUGAGGAAGUCAGACCGUCAGAGAUUCAGAGUAGGAAUG